AAUAUUGAAACUGACCUGUUUUUUUUUUAUCUUUUUCAAUAGCAUAAUCUUUCAGGAUGGAUGACGGACAAUGCUACUACAAUGAAACCAUAGCCUUUUUCUACAAUCGUAGUCAGAAGUAUCUGGCCAAGGACUGGGACCCCGUAAGCAAGCUAGUAAUGGGACUUGGGAUUACAGUGUGUAUUUUUAUUAUGCUAGCUAACUUGCUUGUGAUGGUGGCCAUCUACAUCAACCGCCGAUUUCACUUCCCAAUCUACUAUCUCAUGGCUAACCUAGCAGCCGCGGACUUCUUUGCCGGACUUGCCUAUUUCUACUUGAUGUUCAACACGGGACCCAAUACGAGGAGGCUAACGGUCAGCACGUGGUUGCUUCGCCAAGGCCUCAUCGAUACGAGCCUAACAGCCUCAGUUGCCAACUUGCUAGCUAUAGCCAUUGAGCGCCACAUAACUGUGUUCCGCAUGCAGCUCCAUACCCGAAUGAGCAAUCGACGAGUAGUUGUAGUUAUCGUCAUCAUCUGGACCAUGUCUAUCGUCAUGGGAGCCAUUCCUAGCGUGGGCUGGAACUGCAUCUGUGCCAUAGAUACUUGCUCCAACAUGGCUCCCCUAUACAGCAACUCCUACUUGGGCUUCUGGGCGAUCUUCAACCUGGUGACCUUCGUGGUCAUGGUCGUUCUAUAUGCCCACAUAUUUAUGUAUGUACGUCAGCGAACCAUGAGGAUGUCCCGGCACAGCUCGGGUCAAAGGCGGAACAGGGACACUAUGAUGAGCUUGCUGAAAACAACUGUGAUUGUAUUGGGAGCUUUCAUUGUGUGCUGGACGCCUGGUUUGGUGCUUCUCCUGCUGGACGUGGUCUGCUCCAACUGCAAUGUCCUGACCUAUGAGAAAUUCUUCCUUCUUUUAGCCGAAUUCAACUCUGCUAUGAACCCUAUCAUAUACUCCUACCGGGACAAGGAGAUGAGCGUCACGUUCAAACAGAUCCUGUGCUGUCAGCGGCAGGAGAAUGUGAACGGUACAGCAGAGGGUUCGGACCGGUCUGCGUCCUCCAUCAACCACCCGGUCCUGAGCAGCACGCACCAUAAAGACCAUUCAGUGGUCUGAGGCUCAGCACGGGCCGGGAUCUUAGCAUAAGCGAGAAGAGACUUUGAAAAAGGCAUUUUCAUCAGCAAAAGACUUGUGGUUAUGAAGUUGUCUUCAUAAAGUUUUGACAUAAUAUUGAACUAUUUAAAGGCUAAUCCAAGAGGAUUUAAGUUUAACAAAAAACGCCUUGUUCCCGAAACGCCUUAAGUAUGGAAAAGUUGGAUGAGUAUUUUGGCUAGUUGUAAUUUUUUGGCCAGAUUGUUGUAAAUCGAGGAGUUGCAUGAUUUUUAGUCUUGUACAGCAGGUGUUGAAGUGAAGGGGCGCAGUGAAGUGUCCGGUGAAUCUGUCCUCAGUUUGCACUAGAAAUAAAGAGUGCAUGUAAGGGGCCGCUGGGAAAUAACUUCAGUGAAUUAUGCAAAGUACUUGAUUGUUUGCUUUUUGUUUUGUUUUGCACUGCAGGUUCAUCCCUAUGAUACCCAGCUGCCACCAAAAUGUACACCUAAAAAAAAAUACACUACUGGUCAAAAGUAUUUUUUUUUUUUGGUCUAAUAAGUAUCAAGACUGCAUUCAUUAAAAAAUACAGUAAAGCAAUAAUGUUGAUAAAUUUGGGGAAUUGUAUGGAAACUGUGAUACAUUACCACUCAAAAAGAAAGAUUAAGAGAGAGAGAAGAAAUAAAUACUUUAUACUUAAUUCAGCAAAGAUGCUGACAUUUUUUGUAAUAAAACAUAUUUUAAAUAAAUGUUGUUCUUUUUAAACUUUUUUUUUUCAAAGAAUGAAUUUUCACACAAAUAUUAAGCAGCAAAAAAUUGUGAGAGCAAACUUAAUUUUCAGAAUUUAUAAUAAGAAGAACUGUUAUUAAUAACUGAGCACCAAUAGUAAUUGAUAACAACUGAGCAGCAAAUCAUCAAAUCAGAAUGAUUUCUGAAGAUCAUGUGACAUUGGAGACUGGAGGAAUGAUGCUGAAAAUUCAGCUUUAAUCACAGG